GGCUUUCCUACGAGUUGUUGACGCUCUAGUUCUUUGGGGACGAGUAGUAAUUUAACAGCAACAGUUUUAACGAGAAACCUUCAGACUCUGCAGCGGUGGACACGAUGAGCAGCGUCUGUCUGACUCUCGAGGUGCUGCUACUGUGCGGACUCCUCAUGGCGCAACAGCAGCUGCUGCCCGGAACAUGCAACUUUGAGCUGGGCUUCUGUGGCUACACGUCAGACCCACAGUACGGCAGCUGGAGCAUGAAUGAAGAAGGGCAUUUAAUAACAGUGGACUCAGCACUCUUGCAGGACCAUGAGCAGGCAGUCCUUGUCAGUCCAGUUUUGGAUCAGCAGGACUGGAGCUGUGUCAGACUGGUGUACCAGAUCACUGGCCAAGGUUCCCUUCAUUUCCACCUCAGACCAGACAGUGAUAACUUUGACUACUGGGUCUGGACCGCCAAGAAAGCCUCUGACAGCUGGCUCAUCGCUAGUGUGGACCUACCCAACACCACCAUCCCCUACCAGAUUUUGCUGGAAGGUCGACCUGAACAUGGCUCGGGGAACAGCGUGGCUAUCUUUGAAAUUCACAUUGUUCCUGGUUACUGUUUAGAGUGUAACUUUGAGGAGCAUCACCUGUGUGGAUACAGUAACAGCUGGAACCCAAAUGUUAACUGGUACGUUGGGGGGAGUAUGGCAAGAGAGCAUGAGUCUAACCUGCUUGAAAACCACAUCAACAAUAACCAGAGAGGCCACUACAUGUAUGUGGACUCUGUGUACGCCAAGUACUUCCAGGAAGUGGCCAAGUUGACCUCACCUAUGACCGUGGUGCCCAUGGCUGGCUGCUUGUCCUUCUAUUACCAGCGAGAACAGGAGAGGGGAAACAUCUUCUCAGUUUUCACCAGAGACCAACUGGGCCAUUAUGAGGAGAUCUGGAGGCCAGAGGUGUAUGCUACUGCUGGCUGGACCCUUGUCAGCAUUGACAUCAAGGCACCACAUCCGUUGGAGGUGGUGUUUGAAGCGGCUUUUAACAGUGCCAGAGGUGGAUACGUGGCCAUAGAUGACAUCUCCUUUUCCCCUGAAUUCUGCCACACUGACACAGAGCCGACCUUUGAUCCCUCCAUAGCCAACUGUGACUUUGAGAAUGGCCUGUGUCUGUAUUAUCAGGAGAGAGCAGAGACUAAGGUGUGGAACAGGGCUUCAGUCAAGCCUAACGCCUACAGGAUAGGAGACCACACCACCGGGACAGGCUGUUUCCUCCUGGCAAACACCCGUUUCACUUCGAAGCCUGGUUAUUUGGGUCGGCUGCAUGGCCCCUUGUUACCUGGGAACAAAUACUGCCUGAGGUUCUACUACAUGCUUCACGGAUUUAGAAAAGUUGAAAAUGCGCUGGUUCUUUACAUUUAUGAUGAGAACAAUGUGGCCCAGGAGAAGGUGUGGAGCGUGACUGACACUUCCAGGGCUGUAUGGACUCAGGUGGAGAUCACCUACAUGAAGCCCAUGCUUUCCAAGGUAGUGUUUGUCAGCAUAUGUAAGGACUUCUGGGAAUGUGGACUGGUAGCCAUCGAUGACAUCACUGUCCACCUGGGGGACUGUCAAAUCACAGCAGGUUCCCUCCCAGGCCAGUGCAACUUUGAAAAUGGGCUCUGCGGCUACAUCCAGGAUAAGGAAGGAGACAAGGCAGACUGGCUGCGAGUCCGAGGACACACCCCUACCUCCUAUACAGGCCCCAGAGGAGACCACACCACUGGGGUGGGUUUCUUCAUGUACAUCGAGGCAUCACUAAUGCGUCCGGGUCAAAAAGCUCGGCUGCUGACCUCUGACCUGCGAGGCUCCUCCUUCCCUCAGUGUUUGAUCUUCUACUACCACAUGUAUGGAUCUGGCACCGGCAUACUGAGCGUGCUCCUGCGCCGCGGCAGCAGAGAGGGGGACAGGCUGCUGUGGAGAAGACGUGGUGAACAGAGUAUCAGCUGGAUAAGGGCGAUGGUGGACUACCACUGUGAUGCCCGACACCAGAUUAUUUUUGAAGGCAUCCGAGGCCCAUCACUACGAAGUGAUAUCGCUAUUGAUGACAUCAGUUUUAAAAGGGGACCAUGUGAAGAUCCUGAUGACGUGGCUCCAUACUCGGGCUUCUCAGAGUAUUUCAAUGAGAUUGAGAACUAAGACUGGCAGUCUCUCUGUAGAAAUGUUUGGUAGUUUGUCUUUCACAAGUUUGAGUGUGAGCAACCCACCAAGGCAAUUUACAGAUUUGUAGAGCAAUGCUUAUGUUACAGCCAGAACCUCCACCUCACUGUACUGCUGUCUGUCUUCACUUCCCAGUCCAGUCAUUUCAGUAUUUGAGCUUUAA